AUGGCGUCAACGAUUUCUACCUUGAACACUUUCGAUGGCAAGUAAUAAGUUCUCUAUUACAUGUUGCCAACUUUAGUUUCCUUUUAGAGACAAAAUCACUAGGUUACCUGUACGUAAGGUAUAUUUUCAUGAAUAUACUCUUUUUUUGGAAGACACUAAAUAUUUAGUUAUUUAAAUUGUAUUUUGUAAAAAAGAAUUUAUAUUAAUAAAAAUUAAACAAUUUAAAGAACAAGUAACAUACGAAUUUACAUAUUAUAAAAGGAUAAUUUUUUAAAUCGAUUAACGAAAAUAAAUAAAUUUAAAAAUUAUAUAGUAUGAUUUUAUUCAAUCAAAUGAAAGUUACUAUGUUUCAAUUUUAUUAUAAAAUUUUACAUCAAAUACAGUAUAUAGCAUUCACAAAUCUACGCUAUGUAGUAUUCGCAGUUUAUUUUAAAAAAGAUUUUUGCACUAUUACGGUGUAUGAUACAUGGAGAGUUUGAAAACUUGUAAUCAAUACAUGUUAAUUUAAAAUAAAAUAUUAGAGUAUUAUCUGAUAUAACUAAUAAUCUAAUACAAUUAAUAUGAUUAAUAUUAAAUGUCUUUAAAGUGUAAUUAUUGAAAUCAAUAAAUUAAUCAAAUAAUAAUAUUUGAAAUAAGAAAGAUAUGAAUCAUAUUUUAUUAACACGGAUGUACAGUUCUGGUACAAUACAAAAGAGUGCAAAAUUAAUUAGAAAUGAAUUUUUGAAGUAUUUUGAAAAAGAUUUGGAGCAUACUUUUAUUCGUUCAAGCCCUGUUAUUUCACUCAAUGAUCGUACAGUUGCAUUUGUUAAUGCUGGCAUGAACCAGUUCAAAGGAAUUUUUUUAAAUUAUUAUGAUCCACCUGCAAUAAAAGUUACAAAUUCACAAAAAUGCAUAAGAAUUAGUGGAAAACAUAAUGAUUUAGAUAUAGUUGGAAGUGAUAGCUAUCAUCACACAUUUUUCGAAAUGUUAGGAAAUUGGUCUUUUGGAAGUUACUUUAAAGAAGAAGCUUGUCGUUAUGCUUGGGAUUUAUUAACAAAACAUUAUGGUAUUGACAAAGAAUGUUUAUAUGUAACAUAUUUUGCUGGAGAUGAGAAAUUAGAAUUAAAACCUGAUUUGGAAUGUAAAGAUAUUUGGUUAAAUAUAGGUGUUAAAAAAGAUAAAAUUCUUCCGUUUGGAUUAAAAGAGAAUUUUUGGGAAAUGGGUAUUUCAGGACCAUGUGGUCCUUGUACAGAAAUACAUGUAGAUCAUUCGAAGCAAUUAAAAAAUCGAAGUAUGCAAGUUAACAAAGGUUACACAGAUCUUACUGAAUUAUGGAAUAUAGUUUUUAUACAAUAUGAACGGUUAUCAAAUGGUGCAAUAAUACCUUUAUCUAAGCAUUAUGUUGAUACAGGCAUGGGAUUUGAAAGAUUAGUUGCAGUAUUACAAGGAAAACAGUCAAAUUAUGAUACAGAUAUUUUUCAACCAUUUUUUAAAGCCAUUCAAAAAUAUACAAAAGCACCAGAAUAUGAAGGUAAAUUUUAUAAUGACAAAAAUGAACUUGAUAGUGGAUAUAGAAUUUUGGCAGAUCAUAGCAGAAUGAUCACUGUAGCUUUAGCAGAUGGAGUUGUACCGGAACAAAUCAAUAAACUUAGGAAAAUGAUAAGAAAAUCAAUUGAUAUAAGUGAAAAAGUCUUUAAAAAGGAAGGAAUACUUUCUGAACUCACAUAUAUUGUAGUAGAAAAUUUAGGUGAUACUUAUCCAGAAUUGCAGAAGAAUCUAAAAAAGGUGCAAAACAUAAUAGACUUUGAAGAAAAUUUAUAUAAAAAGUUACGUUAUACUUGUAGUAAGCAAUGGACAAAAAUUAUUAAAAUAUAUCCUCAAUUGAAAUCAAUUACUCAACAAUUAGCUCCUGGACUUGAAGAUGGAUACAAGUAUCUUCAACAUAUACUUAAUGAUUUAAAAGUGGCUAAUGUAUUACCAGGAAAUGUUGCUUUCAAAUUAUAUGAUACAUAUGGUUUAAGUGUAGAAACAAUAAUUGAACUAGCAGAAAUUGAAUCUCUACAUUUUGAUAAAAAAGUCUUCCAGAAAGAGUUAGAAGAUCUCAAAAAUCGAUCUAGAAUUGGUCUUGAAAACAGCAGUAUUACAACGAAGAAAUUUUUAGAAAUACUUGAAAAAAAUAAUGUACCUAAAACUGAUGACAGUUUUAAAUAUAAAUAUACUUUUAAUGGAAAGUAUGAUUAUAAGUUUCCUAAAAUUGAAAGCAAAAUCUUGGCAUUAAUUAUAAAUGGUAAUAUAAUAUUAAACAAAGCAAAUGAAAGUACAAACAAAGAUAUAGAUUCAAUUGUUAAUGAGAUAAUUACAAAUGACGACAUAGAAUCAGGUAAAGAGGAAAUUGGAGUUAUAUUAGAUAAAACAUUGUGUUAUUCAACACAAGGUGGUCAAAUAUCCGACAAAGCUAUUAUUUGUACAAAAAAUUUCAAUUUUAAUGUAAAUAAUAUAAAAAAAAUUAAUGGAUAUGUCAUUCAUUAUGGUAAAUUAAUACAAACUGAUUUGAGAAAAUACAUUGAAGAAUUAAAGAUUAAAGAUGAUUGUUUGGUUUCCAUUGAACCUGAAUUUCGUAUAGGGAUAAUGCAACAUCAUACUGCUACACAUUUAUUACAUGCAUCAAUACAACAGAUUAUAGGAGCAGUAUAUUUACGCAAUUACAUUGUUAUGCCACAAAGCUUAAAAUGUCAAUUUAAUUCAUUUGGAGAAAGUCUUUCUCUUAAACAAUUGAAUGAAAUUGAAGAACUUAUAAAUAAUAUUAUAACAGCUAAUGUUCCGGUUACUACAAAAAUAUUAAAUACUUCGGAAUUAUUAGCAGAAAAUUCUGUAACAUUUAUACCAGGAGAAAUUUAUCCUUACAAGGAUAUUAGACUGGUAGAUAUUGAUUUUCAUAAUUUAAAAUCAAAAGAAGCGUGUUCUGGUACACAUGUGUUGAAAACAGGAGAAUUAGAAUACUUUUGUUUUCUAAAUUAUUUUUCAAAAGCAGCAACAAAUUUUACUCUUAAAGCAACUGUAGGAUCACUUGCAAGAUCUGCUAAAUUUGCAGGUGAAAAUGUACAAUAUAAAAUUUUGGAUUUAGAAAAUAAAUUGAAAAAUGAAAAAAUAACACAAGAAACAUUAAAAGCAAUUAGUAAAGAGAUUGAGAAUGAAAUAAAAAAUGACAAUAAUAUACCAAUACCGUAUCUCAUUAAAGAAGAAUGUUUAGUGAAAUUAAAAUAUUUAAAUAAAAUUAUUCGCAAACAAAAAUAAAUAUAACAAUAGGUAUUGUAUUUUGUAAGUAUUAUAACAUAACUGUUAUUAGAAUUAGAAUUUAUCAAUUCAAUUUUUUACUAUGGAUUUUUAAAUAUUAUUUUGAAUUUCAUUAAAAAUAUUAAACAAUAAAGGAUACAUUAAUUAGUGGUCAAUUAAAAAUAUUAAUUUUCAAUUUUAUUAAUAUUAUAUUUAACAUAUUAAUUAUACGUAUUCCAGAAAACAGGAUCAAUCGAAAUAUUUGAAUAUAGUAUUUGUUAUGCAAUUAAGAAAUUAAGAAAUUUAAAAAAUAGAGAAGUAAUUUUAUAUAUUUGGAAAUAAUUUAAAAAAAUGAUAUAAAUGAUUAAAACAUAAAAAUUUAGAUCUGUAUUUUACUUUUAAUAAUUUUUAUUUAAAAAUUUUAUUUUUAAUUUCAGAUAUGAGUUGUAAAGUUUUUAAAACCAUUUGAACAUUUAAGACAUAAA